AUGUACGGCACCUUCGGACCCAAUGUGCCAACAACCCGACAACAUUUACUCAUUCGCCACAAAUCCCGCGUCGACUGCCAACCCCUGUCACCGCCGACCAUAAUUUCUCUUCUCCUCCGCCGUCAACCACUAACAUUAUCCGACCUACCCCAACGCCUGCGUACACCACCACCACCACCACCACCACAACCACCACCACCACCACCACCACAACGACACUGCACACUCUCUCCAACGAAGGGGCGACGUCCGACGUCCCACUACCUUCUGCCAUCACCACCAACACUCUCACAUUCAGCGAUGUGGACUCAGCUCAUACCUGUCCUCAUUGCGUUUUCGCCUUCGCCUGGCCUGGCCGGUCACUUGCGAAUCCACCGCACAGAGGUUGGCGAACCGGUGCCUGGAGCGCCAACCUGUACUCGCCGCAUCUCUCUCCAUUGCCCACACUGCCUCCGCACAUUAAAUCACCGCACGGUCCUACUCAGUCAUAUGCGUAUCCAGGACAGCGGAAUUCACCGCACUAUCGGCACACCUAGCACAUCUUGCGCAUCCACCUUGCCUAGCCCAAUCCAAACCCCAUCCCCCAUUGCGCCCACAACCAGCCGCUCCACCAAAACCACCGCCAACACCACCACCACCACCACCACCACCGAAACCGACUCUGACACUGCUGAUCUAUGUUAUUCUCACCGUCCCGUGCGUUCACCUCGCAAUCGGCCUGGUCGAUAA